CAUUAUUAUGAAUCCCAUUCGCUGUUAACGAUGUCACGUUCUUGUAAGUAGCUAACUCCCAAUGAAAGGCACGUUAAAGGUUGUGCGUUUGUGUUUGUGUGUGGCGCCAAUGUCAUGUUGGUCACAUAUCGACACGCUUAUUGACUCUUUUGUACCCGCCGCCUUCUUACGCAACAGGGACCGCAGCUGAAUGGCGGCGCAGUGUGCAUGGUUCCGCACCUAGUCGUCGUUUGACAAAUCAGGAGUGGCAUGAAAGCGUUUCAGUCGUGUGUGAGCAUUUCGGUAAUGUGUGAGAGUGUUUUAGCAAAGAAUUUAGUAGCGUGUGAAAGCAUUUCAAUGUAGUAUGUGAGCAAAACAAAUAAAAAAUAAAAAUCAGUAAUGUGUGUGAGAAACUUUCAGUAACCCGUGAGCAAAAUAAUCAGUAGUGUGAGAGCAUUUUAGUAGUGUGUAACAGCAUGCCAGUAGUGUGUGAGGGGGAAAAAAACAGCAGUGGUGUGAGAGUGUUUCAGUAGUGUUUGAGAGCCUUCCGUAGUGCGUGUAAGAGAGCGUUUCAGAAGUGAGUGAGAGCGUUUCCGUGUCGUCUGGAAGCUGUGACGUCUCUCCACUUUUCCUUCUCAGGUGAGGGACGAGCGCAAGGCUCAGGAAGUUUUGGACCUGGCCGACUACGAGCGCUCCGAAGAACUGAGGAAGGCCAAGAGUCGCAGCAAGAAGAACCACAGCCGCUUCACGCUCAUAAGAUGCCGACGGCCCGGGAACGCAGUCAGUUCAACCUGUCAUUCCCGUCAUCAAUGUAUAUGGAUUUUCAUAUAUUGGACAGAGAUCAUUCCUGAAAAUCACUACAUAGUGAUUAGGGAGUCGGGAAUGGAUGGAUGAUUCCGAACGCAGUAAUCAUCCAUUCUCGACUCCCUAAUCACUACAAAGGGAUUUUUGGAUCGUGGACUAAAACGGUGGACUCUAGGGUUGAAUCGAUUAAUCGAGUACUCCCUCAUCAGUCUAUAGGGAUUAUAUACCAUGGGGAUCAUUUCAGGAUAAGAGGUGUUUUGGGAUGACAACGGCUUGAAGGUGAGGAAUCAUUUCGGGACUGGGAAAAAUUUCAAGAUCUGGGAUCAUUUGGAGUGUUUCGGGAUGCAAGAAGUUUUUGGGAUGAUCUCAGCAUAGUUUCGGGAAAUAGGUAGUUUUUCCCCACAAUGUGGAUCGUUUCGGGAAUUAGUUUCAGGAUAUUGGAAAUUUUCAGGAAGUAGGCGUUUAUGGCUAUGGCUGUUUGCGGAUCAUUUGUCAGGCUCGUUUCAGGAAGUAGACCGUUUUGGGAUGGAGAUAAUUUCAGGUUAUGGGAUGUUUUGAGGAACAUUUGAGGAUGUUGGUACAGUGUUCAGGAUGUGUUCCAGUUUUGGGAUGAUGUCACUGUGAGGAUUUGGGCCACUUUGUGUGUUUUGUUUCAUUCCGGUGCUUCCAAAAUGCAGCAGCGGGAAUCUUUGGCCAUGUUUUAGUGUUCACUGGUGUCCUCUGAGAGAUUUACUUCGUCCCCGCCUUACACUCGCUGCGUCCUCAUUGGUGGAUUUGCUGUGGGAUCCCUCUGGCGAGCGGUGGGCGGGAUUUAACGCCACCACUGACUCUGCCACGGGCGCUCUGAUUGGCUGAGCCCAGGGAUUUUUAUUUUGUUUCCCCCCUGUAAAAAGAUUUAAUCCACAGAAUCCCAUUAGUGUGUCACAGGACGAGUCAGAGCGGAAUAAUCUGACGGUGUUAGCACAGAGCCUCACCACCACCACCAUCAUCAUCAUCACGAUGAUGUCAUCGCCCAUCAAAGACGCAUAACACAACGUGACAUCACUUCCCGUUCCCAACCUUCUCUUCCUGGCCGUCAGUCCCGAGGAGAAAGAGUCGUGGAUCAGCGCUCUAAAUGCCGCCAUCGUCAAGGCCAAGAACAGAGUUUUGGACCAGGUGAUCAUGGAGGGGGACGUGUUGGUGCAUCCCACCAGAGAUCGUGCCAAGAUCCCGCAAGGACGCCGUCUUCCCACCCGUGGACACCUCAUGACCGUGGCCUCCUCAUCCUGUCACGGCAUGCUGACCCUCGACCUGGUGGCCGAGGAGGAAGGUUUCUCCUCGGAAUGCGACGCCACCUCCUGGGAGAACGUGUUCCGCGCGGGCUCCUACGGGCAGGUGGCGGCGGCCGAAGGAGGCGGACGUCAGCGCUCGGGGACGGACGUGUCCAGACUACGGGUCCGAACCAAAGAACCCAAAGUGAAGACGGGAAGUCUUCCCCGAGGAAGUGAGCGAUCCUGGGGGAAAUAUUCCCACCUGGAAGCCUCCAAUGUGCACAAGAGCCAGCAGCUACAGGUGAGGAAAAAAACCACGCCGUGGACGGACUCUUUAUUUGAGCACAUCUUCUUUCAGGUCCUCCACAACCAUUCCAGAACUCCUCAGCCCGGGAAGAGGACCAGCAUCGCGGGUCGGAGUCGAUGCGCCUCCAUGGAUGAAGUCCUCUCCUCCAGGCCGGCCAUGAUUCGCUCGGAGUUGCGUUCGGCUCUCGGCCGACGGCCCGCGGACGAGGAGGGUGGGGCCUCGGUGCAGCCCGUGGGUCAACUGCAGAGUCUCAUCGCGCAGAAGAUGCAACGAGCGCAGGAACUGCUGGAGGAAAUACGAUUGCAGGAGCUGCAGAAGGCCAAAGCGGAGCGAGAGAGAGGAGGAAGCUCAACAUUUGGGAAGGGGGUGGAGUCUCCACAUCUUCAUCACCUCAGGGGCGGAGACUCGCCUCAAUCCAGGUCAUCCUCGUCUCCUCGUAGCCGUGGCGGCGACUCUCCUGGCCGCCGACGAAAGGACUCUCCGCGGCUGAGAGGUCGUGAAUCUCCACGUUCCAAAGCCCGCAAGAAUCGCUCCCGGGAUGUCGAUUCUCCUCGGUCCCGAGGCUCUCGCUCGCCCGCUCGUACCAGUGACCUUCCUUGUCUGACCGACUCGCCGCGCAACAAAACUUGCGACUGCACCUUAGAGGCGUCCAAUCCACUGGAAUCUCUACUACUCUCCCUCGACCCGGACAGCAGCACCGUGGAUUUGCCGGCAGAAUCCUCAUCGUCGCUCCACAGUGGCGACGAUUCGUCCUGUGCCAAUCACAACAAAUCCAAGAGCCUUCCCGAGUCGCCGGACACCGGUCAGAACAAAACGCCUCAAAAAACGGCAAAGGAAGAGGAGGAGCUCCAGAAGCGGCGUGCGGAGGCUGAGCGCCUCCUGGUGGAGGCCAUGUGUUCCUGGCAGGAGGCGCAGGAAGUGCUGCAGGAGGUGAAGGAGCUGCAGAGCCACACGCUGCGACGCCAGCGCAGGAGGACCUACGAGAAGAUGACGCCAACCACGCCCACCUCGCCCAUCGCACCAACCUCGCCUGAGGCCACAGGAGACGUCGACACGGGCGACGUGGCGACAUCGCCCGAGGACGAGUCUGAGUCGCCUUGAUCCAUACUUUUCCUUCUCAGGAAUUUUCCACUUUGAUUCCGCUUUGCAGGGCAUGUGUGCUCUUCAACCAGCACAACAUUUGACUCUAUGUGGUUACAUUUGACACCAUUACGUCAUGUGACUGCAUGCAACUGCACUUGACUCCGUCUGACUCCAGGUGGCUAAUUUGACUCCAUACUACUCCAUUUGACUCGUCUGAGUCCGUGUGAUUCAUUUGACGACUCCAAGUGACUCCACCGUACUCCAUUUGAGUUUACGUGACUCCAUUUCACUCCGUGUGACUCGACAUUAUUCCACCUGCCUCAACACGGCAACGUCAUCCAGGGAUGAGUGAGUCACCUUACUCUCGACUCUUCCUCCUCAGGAAUUUUCCACUUUUCUUCCACUUGGGAGGGCAUGUUUACUCUUUAAACAGCACGGAUAUUACCAGCAGAAGAAGGAAAAAAGUGUCAUCAGUCUGAUGACUCGCUGCUUGCUGCACUUUUCAACUAUGACGACUUUUUUUUUUCCAAGCCAGCUUUUCUAGCGGAAAACAAGGAAGUGUUUCUGCCUGUGGCUUCCUGUGAAGUCUCACGUUUGUUGGAGCAUGAGCUUGUCACGAGCGUCUUAGACGUGACACAACCAGCAUUAAUAAGCAACAAAAUGACUUCUUAUUACAUUCAAUUGGUUGGUUUGUAUGAAACUUUCUGGGUGGACUUUUUCAAGUCACUGAGCAGAUUUUUUUUUUAUGCUAUUCCAAUGAUGUCAUCAGCAAUAAUGUACUCAUCAGCAAUGAUGUCAUCAAAAACUUUCAAACUUGAACUUUAGCCGGAAUUCUCAUGGAAAUUUUUAAAAGUCCAUUCAACGGCAAUAUAUAAAGUAACAAAAAGACUUUUUUUUAAAAUAAAAAAAAAUAAAGCACAAAAACAGAGGUGCCUCGAAGUACAAGCUAUCAUUCAGAUGAUUAUUAUAUUUUUUUGCUCUGACUUGGGAAAGCAAACUUGAGAUACGAGUGCUGUCUGGUGGAAGUGAACUCGACUCACUUCACAACGCGCGGCAGUGGGGCAUACUGAAAAAUCAGAAAUGACGCUUAAAGCUAUUUAAUGCCACUCCCACUUCAAGGUUACUGUCACUAAACAUAAAAUAUAACAUUUAUCUUAUAUAUAUAUUUAAAAAAAAAUUUAAAAAAAAGACAUGCUAGAUCAAUGCUAACAAGCAAUGCAAAACACCUUUGAAAUGCUAAUGAUAGCAUUGGUAGUGGUGAUUUUAGAAGCAUCGGCUAUUUGAACACAACACAACACAUUUUGACUGAAAAUAUAACAUUUCUCACAGGCAUACAUUUAUCCUCGACAAAAAUAUGACGAAUAUUGUAGUAUCCUUUCCGAGUCACCUCAAGUAGUUUGUUCUUUGUGUCUGCAUGAUAUUAUACAGUGCUGCCUCCCGGUGGCCAAUGCGGGCACACCGGGAGGAGCAGCACAAGUAAUUGAAUUGCAGCAUGAAAUCACGAAAUCAGUUCUAUUCAUUUCAGUGGGGAAAGAUAAUUAAGAUAAGAGUACGGUCAGAGAUCGAAUUAAACUUGUAUCUCAAGGCACCACUGCAAGUCAUUUUAUUUAAAAAAAAAAUAGGUUAUCUUUAUAAAAAAAUGUUUUUUUGAAAUGUUCAUUGCACAGCAUUCUUUAACUUUUAAAUGUUAUUGUGUUAUUCGUUGUGUUCAUUUGGGAUGAAAUUUUACCUUUUCAGUGAUGCUACUUUUUUUUUUAUUGAUAUCGUCAUGAAUAUAAUUGAGUGUAAAAAUAGUAAUUACAUGUUUUUAGUUCAUUUUAAUCUGACACAUAAUUUUCUGUCACUGAAAAGCACAAACACACACAGAGUACACUUUGUGUACCUGCCUGACUAUUAUGGGAUGUCAGAAAGGCCAGCUACACUGUCUUGCAGUCACACGACCUUUGACAGGACGUGAAAAAAAUAAAAAUUAAAAAUCUGCUCACGGGCGCACAUACUUCUGUUUGUUCUCUUUGAAAAUCUUUUACUUCCUGUCGGGAGCGCACGCAAAAUAAAAGUCAUCGAACCAAA